UAUUACAAAUAUGUAUAUUCAUGCAAAACAAGUUUCUCCUUUAGCCACAUUCCCAAAGAAAAGCAAGAAAAGGGAAAAAAUUACGUCCACUGGUUCUCUAUGGGGAAGUAGAUAACAUGGUUAAUCAUGAGACCUUUGGGAUUAUACUGGGUCAUUCCAUUUGAUCAGUUAAGUUAAUUAUCUUUACAAUAUUGCAUUAGUGUACUGUGUAGAUUGUUCUCCUGGUUCUGUUCACUUCAUUUUGCAUCAGUUCAUAAAGGUCUUCCUAGGUUUGGAAGGGAACAUUUGAAUCAAGGGCUUAUCUUCUUCCCAAUUUCCAGAUGUAUUGUGGAAAAAUCUGGGAGGCCUGUUUUGCAUGCUGCCUCACAGAUAAUAUAAGAUGAUAAUUACUUCAGCCCAGUUUCUUUAUCUGUAAAAUCAUUGCACUAGCAUCUAACAGGGUGAUAAAAAGCACUUUGCACGGGAUAAAACACUUUCAAGGACCUUGACCUCUAAGGGGGAAUGACUAUCCAAAGUAGUAUGAGAAAGUAUUGUGCAAAGGGAUCGAAAAAGGCAAUAAAAACUUAACUCAUUGAGGACGCUGGAAAUUUUUAGAGGGAGAAAAGCUCCAAAGAUGGGGCUUAAAUUGAGAAUUCAGCAAGUUGAAAUAAAAUUAUAGAUGCGGAGGCUCAGCUUACAAGCCUGUUCAUAUACUGAUAUGGCAAUAGUUCACACUUCUAUAUCACUUCAAGGUUUAUAAAAGCUGGUGGUUUUUUUUUUUUUAAUAACCCUGUGACUAAGAUAACAAGAAUAUUAUUCCUGUCUUAGAGAUGAAGAAACAAAAUCUCGGAGGUUGAGUUACACAGUAAGUAUUGGAGAUAGGAUUCAAAUUCAGGUCUUCUGACUUAAAAUCCAAGAUAUUCUUUUCACUACAUAGCACUUUGAAUAAAGCUGAAAGGAGAAGUUGGGACCAAAUUAAUAAGGGCCUUACUUGCCAGGUUAAAUAGGGCAUCCAUUUUCCUGGCCCUAAGCCUUGCAAAGUUCUAAUGUGUUGAAGAUAGAACAGAUCCAUAAACUCAACUUCAGUGAACAUCUGUAUUCCCAUCCUUUUGUUUUGAGAUAAAGAAUAUUAAAUACCCCCCAGACUCAAGUAGUUCACAGUCUAGUUAAUUAAAUGAACUAAUACCCAAUAAGCAGAAAAAGGAUUAGUUAGAUUGUCAGACACAAACUACAAUUAGUGAUAGGAAUUUAUGAAAGUAUGGACUAAGAAGCCCUCAUGGAAAAAGUGGGACUUGAUCCAGUCUUGAAGGGGUAUAGCUAAAUGGGAAAGACAAAAGAUGGUUUUUCUGGCAAGAACAGUUUGAAGAGAGACCAGGAACUGACAGAUGGUGUCUAAAGUCACCUUUUAAAGUCAAUUGGCUUUUAUUAAUCACCUUUGUGCUGGUUGUUGUGCUAAGAAAUGUAGAUACAAAAAUAGGAAACUCAUAGAAGAUGGUUGAAAAAUCAUCUCUACAUAUAGAUGCAAUAUAGACAACAGAGAAGCAAUAAUCUUCAGGUGUCAGAAAAAUCUACAAGAAAUCACUUAGACAUCUAUCUAGUUCUGCAGUCUAGGGUAACUAAAACUGUCAAUAUCCAUGAUUAUUUAAAAAUGACUAGUCAUGAUGACUUCCAUUCUUGAAAAACUACACCAGUUUAUGAGCAACUUUAUAUGCAUGUCUAAUGCUAUUAAUAUUAACUCAAGCUUUCUCUGCUAUUAAUUGGGUCCAUUACUUCACCUUCCCAAAGUAGCUUUGGGAACAAAGUAGCUAUUAUCCCUCCUCCAAUAUUAGGCUCACAAGAGUAGACUGGAUCCUUCAAUUUCUCCAUUUCCUAAACUGCCAUUUUUUUCCUCUCAGCAUUAGCCAUAUUUUACUAGACUAGAAGGUACUUGAGAACAGAGUCCCAUAGUACUCAACAUGGUAGUUAUUCAUUUUUAUGCAUAUUCAUAUUUGAUAUAUGGAAAAAUUUAUCAAUUCAGGGGAGUACUUUAUACUUUUUACUCUUCCUUCUCUACUCUCACUGACACAGGCAACCACAUCUUUCCCAAAUGUGAUUCUAAACUGGACCUAUGAAUUCAAGGAGCAGUACUGAGAGACACAAGCAUACAUAAAAAAAAUUAUUGCUAUGGCAGGGAAGAUGAAAUUUCUAUUGCAGAAGAGUAGAUCAAGGACUUGGAUUGUUUUUUGGGGGGGGGUUUCCCCAAUUGAUAAAGUUUUUCCUGUGGGAAGACUCCUGGUUGAAACAGCCCCCAUCCAAGAAAAUGGUCUGGGUUUUUUACUUUCAACUUUAAUGUGUUGUGGUUUAUAUCUUUGGGUAUGCCUUUUCAAGAAGCCGAGUGACUCUUCCCUUUUAUCAUUGCCUUUACAGAAAAAGGGGAAAGCAAAAACACAACUGGUUUCUCAAAUUAGUAGAAUUCUGCUGAAAAUAUGGAACUUAGCUUCCUUGGUUUGACAUACUAUUUGUAAAAGGGGAGGGUAGAACAGUAAUUCCCUUUCGGUUCAAAAGUGUGCAACUUCCUCUCUGGGUGAGGAAACUGCCCUCGUAAACUCUUUUCUUCUUGCCUCACAAGGAAUUGGUUGUGAACAUUUGGUUUGGUGUGUCUCUCUUCAGCAAGAAUCAUAACCGAAUUUAGUGAAGAGAUGCCCUGGAAACUCCUCUUUUUUGUAACUGGCUCCUUGGCAAUACCAGCUCCUUCCAUUUCUCAGAUCCCUCCAUACCCUAACAACCCAGGAGAUCCCAUCCACCUUCAGUGUGUGGCCCCCCUUAGCUUUCAGGAGGCCGAGUUCUCACUAUUCCAUGAAGAUGGGGUGGUCCAGACACUGCAGGCAGAUGAGGCCCAACAGGGAGUUGUCUUCACGGUGACCAAUGUGAGUGAAGGUCUUUUAGCACAAUACAAAUGUCAGUACAGUGUGAUGGGGGAGAUUGCCAAGCAGUUUUCAGACUUCAGCAAGCCAGUGAAUGUGACCUUUUCAGUUUACAUGCUGUUGACCACAACCCUACCAACUCCUCCAGUGCCCUCUUGGAUCUUACCACUCUCCCUGAGUCUGGCUGGAGCAUUCAUCUUCGUUGUGAUGCUGGUUGUGGCCAUUCUAAUAAUUAGAAGAGUUAAAGUCACAAACCUUCAGAAAAAAAGAGAGCAAGAAUCCUGCUGGACAAAGAUAAAUUAUACCACUUCAGAUAUAUCUUUUGAUAACUCUCUAUUCUCCAUUUCAAUGAAAAUGCCCCCAGAAGACAUGGAUACCCAUGGCACUUUGACCAGCUCAACUCUGGCUCCAGAACCCCUUGUGCCCAGGAAGAGACCCACAUCUACUUCUUCUGCCUCUGAGAUACCUGAAUUCAGCACCUUCAGGUCCCUUGAUUGAACCUAUCUCCUGGCUCCAGAACCCCUGUACCCAGGAUGAGGCCUACCUCUACUUCUUCUACCUCUGAGAUAGCCGAAUUCAGCAGCACCUUUAAGUCCAUCUAUCAAACCUGUCCCCUGCUGUGGGUCUAAGAGGUUGUAUUUUUCCUCCCCUCCUUCACAUUCUUCCUCGGACUUAUCAGUUUCCAGACUGGGUUCUGAAGAAGUCUGGGAGGCCUGACUCCUGUAUGUCUGGCUUACCACCCCUUCAUCUCUCAUCUAGAGCCCCUGUGGGAGGAAUACAACUACAGCCUCGAAGGAUAUACUCUCAUGUCCCAAAUUUUCUUUGUUCCAACUGAAAUACCUUUUUUGUGGCUCAGUAGUUGGUGAUAGUCUGUUAUGUCUCAGGUUCACAGAUGAUAGAUUUAGGCCAGGAAAGAACCCACAGGUGUCAUCUAGGUGAAUUUGCAAUUCCCCAAAUACUCCCAUCUAGUAAAACUCAUGACUCCCAGUGGCAGAGGUUCAGCCACUGUCAGGUAUCAUUUGUAUUAGGGCCCCAAUAAAGGUGUUUAUCUGUUGAACAGAAAAGACAUAGAAGUCAUGACCUCAGGGAUAGCUGUCUCCCAUUUAUGAACCUAGAGAAAACUCUUAAGUGUAGCUCCUUUUCUAGGGGUAUAGUUUGUUGUUUGUCCUGUCCUACUCUUUGUGACCCCUUGGUCCAUUGCUGUCUAUGGGGUUUUCUUGGCAAGAAAUAGUUUGGAGUGGCUUGCCAUUUCCUUCUCUGGUGAAUUAGAGGCAAUUAGAGGUUGUGAUUUGCCCAGGGACACACAGCUAGGAAGUAUCUGAGACUGGAUUUGAACAUGGGUCUUCCUCACUCCAAGCCCAACAUUAUAUCCACUGAGUCACUUAGUUGCCUCCUUAGGCAUACAGAGGUUAAUUGACUUGCCCAUGGUCACACAUUUAGGAAGUGUCUGGGCUGAAUUUGAAUUCAAAUCUUCCGGAUUUCAGGUAGAUUGCUUUUAACCACUGAGCCACAGCUCGCCUCUAGGGGGAUAGCUUCUGCUAAUAAUUUUCCCUCCUCUAUCCAAAUAGUAACAUUAUGGGUUGUUGCAGGAGCAUAGAAAAGAUACAGAACCAAGUGGUCAGAGCCCUGAUUUCUUGGCUUGUCUUGCUUUAAAAACAAACAAAAACCCACCCCGUCUCAAAUUACUUAAAGUCAUGGAUGCUUUCCUGUGCUUCUGGAGAUUUACUUGCAGCUGUCCCUAGUUAGUGACAGGUGUCUUCCAAAUUAUGUUGUGAGAGUACUUGGCCCCAGAGUCCUGUCCUGUUUGUGUCAUUCCUUUUCUGUGAAACCUACAGAAUGGAGGGGCAAGACAACAUUACAACCAGCUUUGAGAUAUUUGUAAGGAACAAAGUGUGAAGUCUUAUUAAAGCUAGCUGAGUUUCUGUUAUUAACCCUUUGGGUUUUAUAAAAAUUAUUCCAUUCUA